GGUUCAGGGGUCAAGUAGUUCACGGGCUAGAUAGGCUUCUCAGCCAGCCGCUCUCUCUUCGUCUUGAAAGUCCCCACGAGGUCUAACAGAGAAGCGUUGCCAAGGCCAAAGAGGGAGCACUUGAUAGGGGCGACGGUUUGCGAAAAUGAUUGCUGAAGAGAAGCGAUUGUGCCUUCCUUCGUUAAAGCGCUGUGUCACGCAAACAGGGAAGAAGAUCACCGACCGGUCGUUCAUUCCUUCUCACCUUCUUCAUUGAACUAUCACCUGGAGAAUACGAAAACCUACUUUGCUGGAUAGUCGCGACAUGCCGCAAGCACGGACGAUGUAUGGAGGAGCGGGAGCUCAGUGUCGCAUCAUAGCUGUGGUCGUUCUCAUAUCCCUUGUUGUGGUGACAUUGCUGCAAUCAUUGCAGACGACCCCUAGCAUACAUGACAUUCCACUGUCACUACGUGGGCACAAACUCGGAGGAUCUGCUAGACACAACUCGGCUCGAUUGAACCGAAUCAAAAAAGUGACAGCACUCUUUGGUGAACCGAACUAUCUCUACGAAGCCGCUAUCGCAACUCACGAACGACACAAUGCCCUGCAUGGACAUCAGAUGCAGAUUCUACGACAGCGAAUCCAUGCAAGCUUCCUAGCCAAGCCCGCCUAUCUUAUGUCCGUUCUCGUAGAAGAACUAAACAAGCCAUGGGAAGAGCGUAUGCAGUGGCUCGCAUGGGUUGAUCCUGACACUCUUGUAUUGAAUCAACAGGUGCCAAUGGACAUAUUCUUACCUCCUCCGGAAGAAGAGAUCAACCUUAUUGCAACUCACGACGAUGAUGGCUAUUUUAAUGGUGGCGUCUUCUUUUUGCGAGUUGACACCUGGUCUCUGGAGUUUCUGAUACAAGUGCUGGCGGUUCCUCUCACAGACAGAAAGCACCACGUCUCACUCAACAAGGACCAUGCGGCGCUCGAACAGAUUAUGGAGAGUCAAAGGUUCCGCAAUCGAGUGACGUAUCAGCCCCGAGUCUGGUACAAUGCCUUCGACGCCAACAAGACCUAUGAAGGUGAAACGGGCGACCUCAUGGUACAUCUUCUCGACCUUGGUGGAGACAAGUGGGCCAGGAUGGACAAGUACUUGGGCAACGUAACGAGCAAAAUCAACCCGUACGAGGUACCGCUGGACCAGACACAGUACGAAAAACAGGUCGCAAGUUUUUGGAAGAGAAUGAAGGACUCUCGCAAAAUUCUCAAGGAUGCAAAGGAAAAGGAAAAAGGUCACGACAUGAUCAAGGAGGCAUCGAGGAGAUUGAGAUUCGCUUUGGAUUUUGAGACGGACAAUGAAGUGGUGAUGAGAGGUGCCUACGAUUCGCUGCUCAAUGCAUUGUAUGAGAACAAGUAAGGGGCCAAGUCUUUUUGCAUGGUGUACUUCCCUGAAGCGCA